UUUUUCUUUUUGUUUAAUGUUGGGUUGUUUUUUAAGCUUGUUGGAAAUGGGGUUCUUAUAGUAUUUGAAUUUUUGCAUGUGUUUGUUGGAAUUCUUGUGUGUGUUCUUUUUGGGUGUGUUGGAAUUGGGAUUUUGUAUUAAUCCUUUUGAUUUUGUGGGUCAAUACAAACUUUUGAACUUUCCCUUUGUAUUUUGGGCUUAUAUUUGAAGUUUUCUUGAGGAUUCAAUUUGAUGUCUCUCUUUUGUUCCUUACUUUUUCCUGGUAUUUUUUUGGAAACCAAUGGACUUUCUUAGUUGAGAAGUCAAUUCCUCUCUUUAUAAUCUAGAUUAAGGAAUUUGUUUGGUUGUUGUCAAGAGGCUAUUUGUUUAAUUUUAACCAAAGUUAUAUGAAUAUCAAGCUGAGUGAGUGGUCAUGGGUAGGGAAAUUGCUGGUGUAGUGGAGAAGCCAAAUGCUCUUGUAGUGGUUUUAAAUGGUGUUUCUCAUGACAAAGUCCACGUUUCCCCCAAAAUUGCUGAAGAAAGUAUUGAUUCGGAGGAAUUCGAAGAGAAGGAAUCGAGUGAGGAGAAUUCGUUCGCCGGAAACUAUCAAGAAACGGAGCACGAUGUUGUAGCCAUCAAAAGCUCUAACCUUGAUGCCAGUGUGCCUGCACCCGUUACCGUGCCCGUGCCUGCACCUGUGGUUGUGCCCGAGGAGAAGAAGAAGGAGGAGAGAACUGUAGCACAGAAAAUCAGUGACUUUAAUAAGUCUAUUUCACCUGGGACUAUAGCUGCUACCCCAAAAAUCAUGAAGGUGAACCACAAGAUUCAACAACCAACCGUGCAGGCACCGGAAAAAGCAGCAACAUGCUCACAAACCAUCGAGACCGAGCCUACUCCAACUACAAUUACCAUUGUUGAGGCGUCACCAAAUACUAUCGAAUUGCAGCCUCCCAGCCCGAAAAAGAACUCACGUCCAAACUCGCCUCAAUCAUCGGGUAAAUCUUCACAGAAUGAUUUCAAGAAACAUCAUGAAGAAGAUCACUGGUCUAUUGCCUCCUCUACCGUUCAAUCUAUUCGACAACUCAAAUCUAAAGUAACUAUCGGAACGGCUCCCACAUUUAGAUCGGCUGAACGGGCUGAUAAAAGAAAGGAGUUCUAUAACAAGUUGGAGGAGAAGCACAAAGCUUUGGAGGCAGAGAGAAUCCAAUACGAAGCGCGAAUUAAGGAAGAGCAAGAAGCAGCAAUCAAGCAGCUCAGGAAGGGAUUAGUGAUCAAAGCAAAUCCAGUGCCUAGUUUCUAUUAUGAAGGACCACCACCAAAGGUUGAACUAAAAAAGUUACCAUUAACUCGGCCAAAGUCUCCAAAUCUAACUCGAAGGAAAAGCUGUAGCGAUUCGAUGAACUUAAGCGUAGAGGAGAAAGGAAAAGUAUGCACACGAGCACAACACCAUAGCUUUAGUAGUCAGAAGGCGGAUGAAUCAGCUAACGGCAUAGCCUGCAAAAGCAAAGCACAAGCCAAUGGGCAUUGCCACAACAAUGAAUCUUUUAAACAUAGAAACCAUGUGAAGCGCAAUAAAGAGACGAGAAAAAUGACUUUUGCAACAACCGAUCCACACGAUCCACACAAAAGUAAUGUAGAUAUCCCCAUUCGGUCAUGAACAUAUACUUUUUCCCCAAUGUGAACUAAGAAAAAAUGAAAAAGAAGAAGAGGGGCAAAGGAAGAAAAGGUUUGAUCUUUGAGUUGCUAGUUAUUUCUUUACCCGAGAGAAAAUAGCUUGUUUUCUUUUCUUUUUACAUCUAAUGACUUGACUGAGUGAGUUGUGCUAAUAUGAAAUGUAUAUGUUUUCUUUUUCUUCUUUUUUUAUACUUUUUUUUUUCCUGAAAGCUAUCAUGAUUUUUUAUGUUACAUAUAAGGAGAGAUUUUGAUUCAGUGUGGACUAUUGUGUAUACACAUAUACUUAUCCUUUCUA